AUGAGAUUGCUAUAUGCUCUCCCCGCAACUUGCGCGCUCAUCUACCGCGCCAAGAGCAGGAAUUCUUUAACGCCCGCUGGCAUCUUCGCUGCGACUCUGACAGCUGCCGCACACGCCUACCACCCAUGGAAUCUUCCAUUUGCACUCCUAUGCGUAUUUUUCCUUGCCGGAACACGCGUAACACACAUCAAAGAAGGCAUCAAGGCCAACUAUACGCUUCGUUCAAAGGGUACAUCUGGAGGGGAAGGGCCUAGAACACAUGUUCAAGUUCUCGCCAACAGUUUGAUGGCCUCUGUCCUCUCUGUCCUCCACGCGAACCAACUACGAAAACGAGAAGCCGCAUUCGCCGAUCCUAAUACUCCGGAUCCCACGGGAUCAUUAUGCUUUUCAUGGGGCGGUGACCUCCUGGUCGUUGGUAUCAUUGCCAAUUAUGCGGCCGUUGCGGCCGAUACUUUCAGCUCCGAACUUGGUAUCCUGUCUUCAGGACAGCCUCGACUGAUCACAUCACCAACACUCCGAAAGGUGCCUCGCGGAACAAACGGUGGUGUCACCUUGCUGGGUUUAGGAGCAGGUUUGCUGGGGUCAAUGAUUAUUGUCACCGCAUCCAUGAUAUUCCUACCGUCCUGCAGUGAGGAGUCAUCUCAGACGCCCGCAGGCGGUGCCCCAUGGACGAUGCUGGAGCGGCGCAAGUUUAUGGGAUUCAUGGUAGUCUGGGGUGCUCUUGGCAGCGUCUUGGAUAGUUUCUUGGGUGGCCUAUUCCAAAGGUCAGUCAGGGACGUACGGUCCGGUAAAAUUGUCGAGGGAGAAGGCGGCAACCGUGUCCUAGUGGCCGAAUCUGCCACGGACGCGGCUGCUCAUUCGAAUGUCAAAACCGAGGCCUUGCAGAGCGAAGCAAAAGAGAAGCUUGGUGGUUCUGCCAUUUUGGACGAUGACGAUGCUCAUGCUGGUGUCUACAAUCAUAAAGACAAGCACCGCAAGUCAAGUUUUGGAGAUCAGCGACCAUCACGGGCUGUUGAAAACGGGUGGGAUCUUCUCGACAACAAUGAUGUCAAUUUCCUCAUGGCAGUUACGAUGAGCGUUGGCGGCAUGGCAGUAGCGAGCUGGUACUGGGACGUGCCCAUACAGAGCGUCAUGGGUGUGUAG